AUGGGGGCUGCCAUCACUGAACGCAGCGCCAGCUACAUGAAGGGCAUUCAUGUACCCUGCUUAACAUGGUUCCUUGAUAAUGUAACACAAGAUAUUGAUUGGAACCUCCAACGGCGACAUAUUCAGUUCCUGAUACAAUCCGGGGUUGAUGGGGUUGUCAUCGCUGGAACCAAUGGGGAAGCCGUCACACUAUCCCGAGAUGAAAAAUCCCAACUCGUCCAAAUGACCCGUCAAGUUGCAACUGAGCUGGGUAAACCAACCCUUCCAAUUUCUGUUGGAACGUCAGGUCAAUGCACGAGGGACGUUAUUAGUGAAACUAUUCUCGCACGAGACGCCGGCGGAGAUUUUGCUUUAGUUCUUACGCCGAGUUAUUUUCACUUUGCAAUGAACCCUGAUGCGAUAGCAGAGUUCUUCGAGGAAGUUGCCAAAGCGAGUCCUCUGCCCAUCGUCAGCUACAACUUUCCCGGUGUCGCAGCCGGUAUUGACUUGGACUCGGACCUUCUUGCUCGCCUCGGUCAGAAUUCCAACAUAGUCGGAGUCAAAUUAACUUGCGGGGGCAUCGCGAAAGUUGCUCGCAUAGCAGCAAACUUUUCCCAUCGUGAGUUUGUUGCAUUGGCUGGGCAGAGUGACUGGCUGGUACCGGCGUUGUCUGUGGGAGGGACUGGCUCAAUCACUGGCGUUGCAAAUUUAUACCCAAGGGUGUGUCUACGCAUCUACGAUCUGUACACGAGUGGCAAAGUCCAGGAAGCGCAGGAUCUCCAACUACGGCUGGCAAAGAUUGAGACGGGUUUUGGAAAAGGGGGUAUUAAUGGGACAAAAUGGGUGGUUGCUCAUUUAAGGAACUAUCCUGAGGGAAGCUGGCACUGUAGACGCCCAUAUCCCAAGUUCAAUGACCUGGAAAGGCAAUCGUGGGUGCGGAAGACGGUCGAACCGCUUGCGAAGCUGGAAGAGAGCCUCAUUGAUUUUGUACCAAAGCAUUGA